UCCACCUGAACAUGGAUCACCUGUCGGUACUGGUGCUGGUGCUGGUGCUGGUGCUGUGGAGCUCAGCAUCCGAGCCUCCCACCAUCGUCCCAGAGAUGACCUGUGCCACUGGUAAUGGUGAAAUGUACCGAGGCAGGAUUGCUGUGACUGAAUCUGGCAAAACAUGCCAGAGCUGGUCGGCUCAGACGCCUCACCAACAUGACAGAAUGCCAGAGAACUACCCCCACAAAGGCCUGGAUAACAACUAUUGUCGUAACCCUGACAAUUGGACGAUGCCCUGGUGUUACACCACUGACUCUGAAACCCGCUGGGAGCACUGCAAGGUGCCGAGAUGUGACACAGACUCUGUCAGGCUGGUGAAUGGGACCAGUCUGUGCUCAGGCAGACUGGAGGUGAAGUCUAACCAGAGGUGGUCCUCAGUGUGUGAAGCUGACUUUGACCAGCAGGAUGCAGAGGUGGUCUGUAGGGAGCUUGGCUGUGGGGCUCCUUCAGUCCUCCAGGGGGCGCUCUAUGGAGAAGUGGAGGUUCCAAUGUGGACCAAAGAGUUCCAGUGUGGAGGCCAUGAGUCUGCUCUCCUGGACUGUAGAAGCUCAGGCUCAGAUAGAAACACCUGCUCACCUGGCAAAGCUGUUGGACUCACCUGCUCAGAGCCUGUCAGGUUGGUGGGAGGAGACAGUCACUGUGCAGGAACACUGGAGGUCAAACGGGGAGAAUGGAGACCAGUGAAUGGCUAUUACUCUGACUGGACCCUGAAGACAGCAGGUGUUGUCUGCAGAGAUCUGGCCUGUGGCUCUGCUGUUUCUGUAGGAGAGAGAAAGGAGUCCUCACGCAGACCUGUGUGGAGGAUCAACUCUGACUGUGUUCACUCUGUACCUGCUCUGAGGGAGUACUCUGUCAGGCUGGUGGAUGGGACCAGUCUGUGCUCAGGCAGACUGGAGGUGAAGUCCAACCAGAGGUGGUCCUCAGUGUGUGAAGCUGACUUUGACCAGCAGGAUGCAGAGGUGGUCUGUAGGGAGCUUGGCUGUGGGGCUCCUUCAGUCCUCCAGGGGGCGCUCUAUGGAGAAGCGGAGGCUCCAAUGUGGACCAAAGAGUUCCAGUGUGGAGGCCAUGAGUCUGCUCUCCUGGACUGUAGAAGCUCAGGCUCAGAUAGAAACACCUGCUCACCUGGCAAAGCUGUUGGACUCACCUGCUCAGAGUCUGUCAGGUUGGUGGGAGGAGACAGUCACUGUGCAGGAACACUGGAGGUCAAACAUCAGGGAGAAUGGAGACCAGUGAAUGGCUAUUACUCUGACUGGACCCUGAAGACAGCAGGUGUUGUCUGCAGAGAUCUGGACUGUGGCUCUGCUGUUUCUGUAGGAGAGAGAAAGGAGUCCUCAGACAGACCUGUGUGGGGGAUCGACUCUGACUGUGUUCACUCUGGAUCUGCUCUGAGGGAGGCCAGCCCUGCGGGGGAAGGGGGGCGGUAUGGCACCCCAAGCCCGCAGGAGCGCCCAGACCCCAAGACCAGGGAGCCGCAGAGGCCGCAGGACACCACGCAGGCCCAAGGACCCGGGGCGGCAAUGGCCGGCACCCCCAGAGACCCAGAGACACACCCCAGACAGGCGGGGCAGGAGGGCCCGCCCACCCACCGCCCGACACGGCCCCCCCCCCCAACCACCACCCACCCCCGACCACCCGCCCGGCCCCGCGAUCCCCCAGAGAGCCAGGGAGCAGGCCCGGAUUCAGAGUGUGCCUUCUUUUCUGUGCUGUAA